GGUGGUGGGGUGGAGGGGCGUUUAAGGCAGUCACACGCAGCCUGUAGAAGGGCCCCUAGCGCCAGACAUUAGUACUGGCCUGGCUGCUCACUCCUACCAUCGGAACCACAGCUUGAACAUCGCACUGCUGUCGAGGCUGAAACACGGUCAGGCGUAUGGACAGGCGCCCAUAGCUCCGGGACCCCCCUCAUCUAUCCGUGCACUGAACGGACUACACUGAACGACGAGUCAUUUCGGCAGCAUACCUCCCUCCCUACCCUGGGCUGGUUUUUCUUCUGCUCUCCGCUGCAGGGCCUCUUCAGUUUACAGGAGAAAAAAAAGUGGGUGUUUGCUGCUCAUUGGUGUUCAGGCAGCGGCAGCGGCGGCGGUGAAGUGUCCUCGAUGGCAGGCUGGAAGGACGGCUCGGUGCAGGAGAAGUAUCGGCUGGUUGUGGUCGGAGGCGGCGGUGUGGGAAAAUCAGCCCUGACUAUCCAGUUUAUCCAGGUCAGUAGCGGCGUCCAGCAUUUCCUUGAAUUUCGCCCCUUUGCUCUGAUUUGCAAAAGCUUAUCCGAAAACACAGUGAAAGAUUGGGUUUGAGGGGAGGCCGGAGACGGGAACCCCACAUAGUCUGUCGCCUUCUUCUUCUACUUUGUCGAGGCCUGCAAAUAUUUACCGAAGGAGCCUUAUUUUUGUGAAUUAAACGAGGAAGAAGGACGGCUGUCACUUUGACACGCAGAAAUGUCGACGGACCCACUUCCACUUUGCAGUUUACAGAGAAAAGAAAGUGGGUCUACGGAGCUCCCGAGUUGUCCUGUUUUGUGAAGUUUGCUGCAGAUUUCUAACGAUCGUCCGCGAAGUUGUUUCAACUGCAAUGAUAAUGUCUGCAAUGGCCUACAAAGCCAUAAAGUUAGAGAAGAAGUGUAUUGAAGCUUCAGUAAAGGGAGGAAAGGUGUUAAAAAUCGUUUUAUUAAGACAUAGAGCACCGAUGAAAAGUAGUGCUCCAGUUCUGAGAACCAUAGUGAAGCCACCAAUCUGUAAACAUAAGCAGCAGCAGCAGCAGUACAAGAAGAAUCCAAAUGAACUUGUCUGCUCAGAUGUAGACUCUAGUUAAGUCAAGCACCAUAAGUGGAAUAUUCUCAUACACUUUAUUUCAACCCACGUGAGAGAUAAUGUGAUCUGAAGUUUUAUUGCAGUCCACUUGAACAGCAUGUAAACACCUCACCCCUCAUCCACCCCAGCACUCUGCAGACAUACUCUGCCUAGUGUUGACCUUCCAGGCUUUCAUAAUGGUCAUCUAGGCAAGGGCUGCUUUCCGGAAAGCCCACACACACAUAAAUACACACGCACACUAAGGCUACACAUACACAUUCACAGUGUAUGAAAGAGAUGACAAACUUUGCCCUUUGCCUUGUGUGUUUCCCCCUGGUGUUACUGACCAGACUGCAGGCAGCUGCAUGUCUCCACACUCUCAGACAACAGUAGGCUGGCACACGUUUCAGAGUGGGGGUUAAAAGCUUUUCUGUGUGUGUGUGUGUGUGUGUGUGUGUGUUUCGGGGGGGAGUUGUGUCUAAUGAGGGUUCAAAAAGCUUAUUAACUGCAUACCAAGAAAAAAAAGGGAUCAGAUAGCCGUGGCACAGAUUUUUGCCGUAGCCUACUGACCCCCACUGACCUGGAGCUGAGAAGCAUCUAGAGCUGAAUCUGACACACACACACACACACACGUUUUUUCACCCCAUUUGAUAUGCAGAAGGUAACACUUGAACAAUACAAAUUUGAAAAAAAAAAUUUUAUUCUUGGUAUUCUAAAAUUAGCAUUUUUAUUAUGCCAGAAUUAGCUUAAAGUUUGUCAAUAUUGUUUUUUUUUAGCAUUAACACUGAGGUUGAUUUUACUUUGGUAACAUUUACUUAGCAGCAUGCUCAGCCCGUAUGCCUGACUAACUUAAAACAUACUGUGUUUGUUGGUGAGUGACUUCAAAUCUACCUGUUCAGAUAAUACAAAACUUCCUGCAUCUUGCCAUACAAUUUAAUCUAAGGAGUAAACAAGAGAGAGAAUGAAUCUAUAUUUCCAUUUUUACAGUAUUCAUUUGGGACUGGGCUUGAAAAUCCACUUUUUAUAUACAGUAUGGUCCGCAGUUAAUUUCCUCCCAUUUCCCCCAAAGCCUGCUGGUAGGGCUGGGUGAUAAUAAUAACGAUAUUUAUCAAAAAUUAUUUCCCCUUAAUAUCAAUAUAAAACAUGGUCAAUAUGCUUUUGGAUAGUCGGCAUUCUGCCAUGUUUUGGUAGACUGUAUGAAUAGCAAAUGAAAAGGGGACCAUUUAGUUCGCUUUCUCUAGCGAAACACCUUACGACAAAACGUCAAAGAGACACAAAGACCUCACAGAUGCAGUAGCUUAUUGUAUUGCAAAAGACAUGCUACCAAUAAGCACCGUUAAAUUUUAUUUUUUAUAUCAUGAUAUGUAUGGAUAUCAACUGAUAUGAGCAAAUAUAUCGUGAUAAACUUUUUCUCAUAUCAUCCAGCUCUACCUGCUGGCAUAUCUGGUGUCCUUAAAAUGAAUAAGAUUAAGACGUUGACAGCAGGAGGAGGAACCUACAACUUCAUCAGAAGUUUCUAAAAGUUGCCAGCCAACAGCUGGUUUUGAAGUGGGGGCUUACCCCAGAACUUUAUGUUGGGUGUUGUGGGAGGUAGUGAAUUUGGAAGGGUGGGGGGUCUGAGUCAGCCUGGGUGGGUUAACGGUCAUGGACCAUGUGGAAUUUGGCCCUUUAGAAGAGGAAGUCCCCUCCACUGCUGCUCUGAAGGCCUUCUAGUUUUUGUAUGGAAAAAUAUGACCUGCUUCCUGAAUCACUGGAGCUACGUGUGUGUGUGAAUGUGUUAGUGGAAAGCUUGACACAGUGUUAGAUUUAGUGUUAUGUGUUUUGCCAAAAAUAUUAAGUACCUGAUGUUAUUUUCAACAAGAAUUAUUGCUCUAUUACUUUUAUUAUAUGUGCUAUAAAAUGUGGCCCAUUUUCUGUUUUAGAGCAGGCCUGAAAUUGCUCAUUUAGAUAAAUCAAUGUGUCACUGCAUGGGUCAACAUUUUUAUUUACAACCCUGAAAAGCUUGGUGGGGUUGCAGAUUUCUUAAAUCUUAAAAGGCAUCUUGCUUUUUUUAUCCAAUAAAAGAAUUUACUUUGAUUUCAGGAGAAGAAAAAUAUGUGGAGGAAAAUUUCCAGCUUUCAAUAUUUAUACAACACAUCAAUUUUAAUUCAUCACAGAUUUCUUUGCUUUAUUUCUUAUCAUCGAAAUCUAUAGAUUUUUUGAGGUUUCAGUUCCUUCUGCUAAGACAAAAUGAGCCUCUGGUAUAGAGUGAGAACCAGAUGAUGUCGCUUACAGUCAAAGAGCAGCAGGUCUCUUGGAGCCGCUGACCACCCCGAUGCCAGGCAGUUGACUCAGGCUGAAAUAGCACUGACAUGACAUAAUAUUGAGUCAUCUGACAAGAGUCGUGGUGCACAGCGUGUCGUGUAAUGUGACGUCUGUUAGGGAGGAAGCAUCCCAAGAGAGGGAAAACAUGACUCACCGUGGCCAUGUGAAGACUGCGUGUGGGGUGAUGUAUGAUGUGUCUGUAGGUUUGUUUUUAACCCACAAAUAAUUACUUCAAACACACACUUUAUUUACAGAGUCACUCAAACUAUUACUAGGAUGAGAUGACUCUGCGGCGAGUUUAAAAGCAUGAUGUCGCUUAAGUCAUGUGCAUACUGACAGUUUCUUCUGCGGGUUUCUUUUGUAGACGUGUGUUUGAUUUGUGACUGAACGUCCGAAGUGACCUUCUUAUUCCUCUCUUUAUUUGCACAUAUUUCCUGGCAUGGUGUUGAUUCCUUAUAUGUGAGGUAAUUUGGGAGGAAUGUUGCCAUAAGUAGCGGUUCAACAGAAUACACAUGAAUUAUAAGGGCGGCCUUGCACGGGCAUGUGGAGACAAGGUGCAGUAAUGAUAGUAGAGCCGGAGCUGAAUGCAGUGUGGGCGCCAUGUCAUGAGCAUUUCUCAGAAACAGCCACAGGUGGUUAGACAAAGUGUUUGCAGUGACGUUUUCGAGCACGUUUGUGAUUGUAGUUUUUCUUGCAUGUCUAACUUCACACCCACAUUAUCAGUCCAUUUUUGGAUUCAGGCAGCUUGUAACUUUCUGGUAUGUGACAUGCCAUACCACUGAGUACACUUUGUAAACCACACUUCCCUAGGAAUUUUAUAUCUUUUCCAAGCAGUAGAAUAAUCAACCAUAUGACAUAGAGCUCUUAAUAAGUGAGGGCUUUGCGUGCAGGUGUGUGUGUGUGUUUGUGUGUGUGUGGGCCUGUGAGUGCAGGUGAUGAGAGUAUGUUUGUUUAGCUCCGUAGGAGGCUCACCUGUUGAUUUCUCACAGAGCACAGCCACAAUUAGGGUAAAUAAACCUUUUAAUAACCACAAAGUAGAAAAAAACACACACAACAAGCAUUUAGCAUAUAAACAGCAGACCUUGUGUUCAAAGCUGCAGGUGACAGCUUUUUCGUUGCCUUUGUUCAUAGUAAGUGUAGUUGCUUUCACACAUCAUUAAACUGAGAACAAUUCUCGUAACUCAGUGUUUUGUGAAUGGUUUCACUAUACUUGUGAAUCAUCCAGCCAGUUCACAAAAAUGAAAGGAAACUACUUGUGUUCUGUGUGCUUUGAACCACAAGCAGGUGUUUAACAGCUGCAUCCAAGACCUAUUUAAGGGCCAAGUACUGGACUCCUCUGUAGUAACUUAAACAACAGCUCUGAUACCACCAAGUCAUUAAACUGCAUUGCUGUCUCUUACCACCACCACCCUUUACCUCUUUGUGGUUUUUGCAUUAGUCACUGUCAUAGAAAGGGGGUGUUGUGCAUUUUUUUUUCCCAGACUCUAUACUUCCUUUCUGAUUCCUCUUUAAUAGUUUUGAAUGAUUUUCAGAUUUAAAAAAGCUGUUUGUUUUCUUAAUCUGGUGUAUUAAAAUAUCAUUAUUUCAGCCUCUGUCUGAGACACUUUGUUUUAGCUGCUGUCUCUUUAAAUGCCUACUUUCUUCUGAUUGGCCACCUCUAUGAAGGGCCAAGCAAGAUGGUUCCACUUUGCUGGAAAUGUACUACUACGAGAUGAUUUAUUAAGAAAAGCCUAUUGCGACGAGGUCAGUAGCUUAGUGAAUCUCGUGUGAAUUUGCAAUGUACAGUUUAAAGCAGUUUUCAUCUAUUUUCUAGGCUAAUUUAGGGCUUGACACUAACUUUUUCACAAGGAGCACAUGUACUCCUGAAUUGAAAAAGUGAGGAGCACACAAAGAACUUUAGGGGCAUAAUGAAAAUUGAUCAAAUAAUGUGUGUCUUAUUGGUCAACAUAAGUACUAUUAUUUGAAAUCAGUUUUAGUUCUUUGGUCACAUGACAUGGAAGCUAUUGAAGAAAAUGUUCAGAAUUUGCCUUUAAAUUUAACGCCACAUUUUUUAGAGGACAAAGUAAGGAAAUAAAGAGGUGUAUCUUAUUGUCUGACCUCAGUAGGCUACUAUUGUUUGAAAUCAAUUUUAGGUAAAUUGGUCACAUGAUAUGGAAGCUAUUGAAGAAAUGGUUUGUUUUUUUGAGAACAUCAACUGGUAAUUUAUUGAUGGUCCCUUAUUCAACACCCGACGUUGUCAGCGAGGGUGCCGAGUAGAUUUAACCGUGCUGCUGUUGAUAUUCCUGGUAAUGGAGAGUGGGAAGACACUGGUAGAUUUGCAGUGAAUUUCUGUCAGAUAUCCUACCUAGAACUAACUUCACCGCAGUAUUUACAUGAAAAAACAUUUGUUGCCUUGGCUGAUUUUUUUUUUACGCCCACAUGUUCCCCUAAAUGCAUUUUACAAUUCACAUGCAUCUAUUUUUAGUCGCAAAUGUGAGUGAAACGGUCGCACUGUCAAGCCCUGUGAUUACAUCAUACAUUAACCUCAUGAUUUGAAGAUUUCCAGUUCAUUUGUCUUAGAUGGACACCAAACAGUGUAACUUUACAUUUUUUUGUUGUAAAUGAGGAAAAGCACAGCACCCCCAAUCUUUAACAAACAUGAUCGCCCGUUAUUUUUUUGCUGCUCUGUAACAAUGCAGUGUGUUAAAACUGAAAGAGGGAAAAAUGGUGUAUAGGAGUGCUCCAACUCGAGCUAUUCCAGAGAGUCAUAGAAAUUGCUAAAGAAUUUAAAAGUUAUAUUUACUGUGUUGCUAUGAGACAUUUACAAAUCCCUUUGUCAUUCAUCUGAAUAUCUAUAAUUGUUUUCAUUAUUGAGCUGCUACAACAGUAGACCCUCCUCUUCAGGGAUCAAGAAAGGUUUCUCUGAUCUCAAUUUAUCAUUUGGUCUCUCUUCUUAAACCAAAACGCAAUAAUACAGGUCUAUCAUGGGACCCUGUGUCGUUUUUAUAGCUCUACGUUUAUAAAAACAAACAAGCAGGAGAACCAUUAACAAUCCACCCACAAACUGGAUCAUUUACAUUAUUUUUCUGUAGCUGCUCUUCUUCAACUGUGAAGUGCCAUUUUGCGUGCCAUUCAUUGCCAAACUGACUUCGUGUUACACAAGAAGUCAGUUUUGAGUUCAGCAGGUGCUGUGGUUGAGGUAAGAGUGGUUGUCGUGCAUAGAUCACGUAUAGCUCUUCACAAGGUUAUUUUCAGUUGUUGGUCAGCUGUUUGGCUUGGCCUGCAAAGUGUUUGAAAUUUUGCGUAACAUAGCAACAGCAGUAGCAAGUCGAUAUUUGUCUUUUGAGAUGAAUCCCCACUGAAACUGGAGUUUUAAAGUGCAUGUAAAAAUGUUAGUCUAACUAAAAUUGAACUUCUCAUAGUUGGAUUAACUUACUUGGAUAAUGUAGUUGGAGAUCAAUCUUUUCUGCCAUAUUGGCUACUGCUGGAUCAAACUGAAGCUGGCCUAAGUGUUCUGCACAUGCUCCAGAGUUUGCAUGCCACUUCUGAGGCGGUGGUUAAAAAGCAUGAAUAUGUUACAAGGAAGACAGGGAGCAAACAAAACCCAGGACUUUCCUAACUAACAGCACAGAGCUGUAAAAGCAACAUCCCGUUAGCCUCUCGCUAGUGUGUUUGGCCGGCUGUUUUGAUACGAAACAUGUCAACGGGAUAGUAAUAUGCUGGAAGGAGCCAUGUCACCAUCUACAAUAGUAAAGGCGGACAUUCUUGUCUAAUGCAUGUAAAAUGGGACAUCACUGACAUACCAAACAGUAUGUAUGAAUGUGCAGUUUGCUAUGACAUAUAACCCCCAAACUCAGGCCACCCUGAGGAAAAACUAUUUCAAUUAAAAUCUCGACCCAUUUCUAUCCAGUUUCUUCCUUAGGUUAAAAAUCUUCCGACAAGCAGGAACAAGAUGCCUUAUAAUACUAUGACCUUGUUAAAGCGAUAUUCCGGCGUAAAAUUAAUUUAGGGUCAAACACGUAACACUGAGUUAGACACCCCUUGAGAGAUUUCCACGAAGAAAUGAUCAUAAAUGUUCUUCCUUGAGCUGCGUCACCCCGCUGUAGUCUGUAAUGGACUGGCCCGGAGGUCUUGCUACAAACAAGCGGCUGCUGGAAGAGAGUAGAUGAGUUGUGUUUAGUCUCUUUGCGAAAGGAAUUAGGCAAAGCUAAAAGGAUGUUUGAUGGCUAGUACUAUGGCUGGGACCCUGUGUACUGUUGAUGAAGUUAGGUGCUGUUCUGAGCUUUAUUUGUGGCUAUAGAGUGGCUUUUUGGUUGAGGUUUGUUUAUGGCUCCUCAGACCGCUGUGUAUUGCUAUUGUGCGGUCGUUACUAAAGUUGGUAUAACUAGAGAAGCAAGCGGUCGGCAACAUUCAUCUCUCGAGGGGGUGUCUCACUCUGUGUUACGGUGUGUUUGACCCUAAAUUGAUUUUUACGCUGGAAUAUCCUUUUAAGCCUUGAGUAAAAACAUUUGAAUUAUAAAGACCCCUCCUUGAGUACCACUCAGGAGGAAAAAAUGACACCAACUCACAAGUUCACCCAUUUCCAACAUCUGAGGGUAGUUACAUGCUGAUUCAAUGCGGGUUAAAGUCUAAUCUGAAUAUUGUUUUUGCCAUCCAUCACUUGUUUUUUUCUUUUGUGUUGUGACAACUAUUGCAGCUUCAAGGGCCAUCUGUAAGGUUUCAUGUUCUCUGUUUUGUAUAAAUACAUUGAUAAUCCUGGCAAAAUGCCACACAGCACACCGAAAGAAUGCUGAUUUAAAGGGGGAGUUCAGGAUCCGUAAAGACACCCACCCACCCAUCUGGGAAAGCUCCAAAGACGAGUAGCUCAUCCCUUUUGGAGGAAUGACUUAAAUUUGUCGUAUUUCGUGUUUAUCUCAUCCCAGUUACACCUGUUUGACAGUGUCUGAAAAAGAGGAUCUAAUGUCAAUAAGGAGAACUUCACCAAGUAGAUUGAUGUCACACAGAUUAUGCAGACGCAUUUCACUACCUCUUCACAUUGUUAAUACAAGUAGACAGAAGUUGCUGUGCAUCCCAGCUUUAUUUGAAUGCACUCACCUUUUACGUUACUUGCUGAAACUUGCUCACCUUCCUCAUUUAGUGUUUGUUUGUCAUCAUAAAAUAUGUUUGAGAUGAUUUAGUUCUCUUUACCCUAAAUGCUCCUUUUCAAUGAAAGAUCAACUUUGCUUCUUUGGUGCAACUCUUCCAUUUUCAUAGCUGACACCUCUUGAAAGUUAAGAAAAAUUCCAGUGACUGUGAGAAUUUACUCGUCCAGCUCACUCACUUAAAUCAAAGACAGCUUAGACAUAUCCAUAAGGCAAGAUCUGCGUGAAUCCACUUAGAGGAGAACUCAAGUGAACUACCUGCGGUUUGGUUGAGGCAUCUACUCUGCCAUGUGCAGCAGAUUUCUUUGCUGGAGGCGAAGGUGUGAUCCAUUUUGGUUUGUUGCCCACCAGACGUUUACAGGCCUGAGAUCAGUUGAUUACUUCAACCAUUCCUAUCUCUCUCUCCCCCUUCUUUGUUUUGGUAUCUCUCCCCAUCUGCCAGAAGAAAGGACAAUACUAAUAAAUGCUCUGGCAUGUAUGCACAAGUCAGUGAGCGUCAAUGAGGGACUCAAAAAGGGCGAAUAGUUGAAUCUCUUCAAAUCAAAGGGUUGGCUUUCAUGCAUUCCUGAAGCUUUUUGAAGUGUACACUUCAAUCUGAGAUUACUGAAUGUCAGUACUGAAAAAGGUUUUGUCAUCAUUUUAUCUGUAUUCGCUGACUUCAAUGUAAGAGCACAAGUUUCUUUGGAAGUCACAUUACAACCAGAUGCAGAUUCUGAAGAAGACUAGAGUCUGAUCAGACAUCAGCAGUGGAGGGUGAAAUUGGUAAAUCACAUCUAUGAGUACUGCUUUCUGUCAGAUAAUUACUCAUUCAAUUUCAUGAGCUGGGGGAAUCGAGCACUUCCUGUGAACAAAUAUGAUUCAUUUCUAAACAGGCAACUUGAAAUUCAUUCAUCAGUGAAACAAUCUGCAGUAAGUGUCUUUGCAUUGAAAAAGAUAGCAGUGAGUAUCACAGAGCUACCUUUUAGGCAGGUUGUGUUAAAGUCUGAUUUCGUAUGUUGUAAGUCGAGCCAAAUAACCACACUGGUAAAGCUUAAUUUUAGCUAGGCCUGCAGGAUAUUAGAGGUGGCAAUCACUAGUGGCUCCAAGAUACGAUAUUAUCACGAUACUUGGGCCACGAUACAUUAGCAUUGCGAUUUUUUACAUUUUGCAAUACAGUGAGUAUUGCGAUACAAUAUAUUGCGAUUUAUACAAUUUUUUCAACUGUUUAGCUAAUUCAGCAUUUGUCCUUCCUUUAUGUUUGUCUUAUUUACGCUGUAUUUUAUUUUCAUGUAGCACACCUUGCAAACCUUAUGUAUAUAUUUGUUGUACUAACUUUCUCCUGCUCUAUAAUGUCACCUCUGCCAACCUCACUGGACAAACAGUUGAUUUAUUUUUUCCAUUAUCAUAGAUUUGACUUCAUAUUAGCAAUGAAUUUGAAAAAAAAGGGAAUUAGUAAAUGAGACGAUACGAUAUAUAUCACCAGACAAAAUAUCUCAAUACUUUGCUGUAUUGAUUUUUCUCUCCCACCCCUACAGGAUAUUGGAAAAAACUGACAUGGCUCUUAAAUCAAAUCAUAUAAAAUGUUUUCUAUUCCUUUACAAUUCGUGACUUCAAUUCUGUUUUCCUGAAACAACAAAAAAUACGUCUCAUUUAAUCACACUUGAUUCAGAAACCUUACAUGAACCUUAGGCCUUUUAUUUUGAUGCCCUUAACUUUUCCAAAAAACUGCAUGUGUGUUAGGCCCGGUGGAAAAUUAACCCUAACCCUCUAGCCAUUUUAAAAACACAGCCCCCAUAGUUUUACCUAAAAACAUGAAAUUUUCUACCUUCAGAAAACGCCCCUAAUAUUUUGGUGAAAUGUCCACAGAAAGUGUGUACAUUUGAAAAACUGCUGAAAAUGUGUGUUUUUUAAACCAUUUCCUGGGCUUUUUUAGGGUUAGCUCCACCAUUCAUUUUAUCUAGUUCAAACGUGGUUUACAGCUGCAUGAAACAUAAAUAUAAAAAAGUUACCCAGCUUCUUCCGGGAAGUUAAAGGGCGUGGCUGUGGCGAGUUUUCAAAGCUUACCGUUUCACCCCAAAACAAGAAGUAGUUUUUAUCCCAGUCAUACUCAAAUCUGACCCAAAUGUCUCAUUUAUGUUUCGAGUCCUGGCCUAAACACAUUCAGAAGUUUUUUUUUUCAUAAUCCACAUUUAUCAUCACAGUUGAAGCACUGCCUUUAGACAACUUACAUUUCUUUGCUGUCACUUUAUGAGCCACAAGUUCAAGCCAAGUGAAGCAUCGAAUUUUCUUUGACAACCCCUGAGAAGUUAUUCUUGAUAGGUGGUAAAAUCUGUGAGUUUUUGCCAGAGGGUUGGGUCUUGGUGGUAAAGCAAAGAAAAACCAGCAUGACUCACCAUAAAAAAACAAACUGUCAUUUUUCUGAUGCGGACAGUAAAACUGCAACGAACUGUAACUGCACCAAACCUUGACUUGUGACGACCUCCAGCAACCCUCACAACUCUUUGACGUUUGUACGAUAGUUUGAAUUUCAAUUAUUUCGUUUUUAACCUCUUAGAUUUAGUAUUUCUAAUUUCUCAGUAUAUUUUAAUAUUCUCUUUUGGUUGAAAUAUUUCCAGCAGUAGGCUGGAGUGUAGGUUUUACAUCUAGAGAUGAGUAACAGGUAACCAUGUACUGUUUAUCAGAAAGGAAGCCAAAGUCAGACUCUGAAAGUACCUGACCAUUUAUGUCCACAUGCUUAUGACAGUGACUUUCUCAAGUUUAAAUUUGGCUGUAAAUCGAUGUUCAUUUCCAUUAUAGAAGAUCUGGGUGUUUCCUCCACUCAUGUUCAGCUCUGUUGAAGACAUUCUGUUAAGAUCUUUGUCCAUAUGAUCCAGCUAUGUUAAACCAUGUUCGAACUAGGGAUGGGCGAUAUGGGCUGAAAAAUUUAUCACGAUAAGAUUUGCCAUUCUGGCGAUAACGAUAAAAGUUCCGAUUAAAAAAAUAUUAUAAUUCCAAUCUAUAUUUUUGACACGUUUCAUCAUGAGAAUACCUGCUGGAGUUGUCAAAUAAGAAACUUAACCACAAGUUUGAGUGGAAGGUUAUGGAGAAAACUAAUGACAUCAAACAAGUCUCAAAUGUGAAAACAUUUUCAAUAGGGCUGGGACGAUAUCCUUUUCUCCUGAUUCGAUUCCUCUAUGAUUUUUUUGGGUGUCGAUUCGAUUUAAAUUGCGAUUCUACGAUAUUGUCGACUUUCUCGAAAUUCAGGCUGCAUCGUUAACACCAGUGAAACAGUUGAAUGAUUAUGAUUGUCUACUGACUAUUCCAGGAACCAUAUUUCCCCAAAAAAUACAUCACAUGUAAGUCAGUUUUUAUGAUUUAUUCUAAAAUUUGAAAACAAAAAAAUAAUUUUUGAACAUAAAAAUCGAUUUAAAAAUUGUAAAAUAAAAAUUUCGAUACUUAUGUGAAUCAAUUUUUUUCUCCCAUCCCUAAUUUUCAACAUUUGUUGAAAACUCUUGUUGCACAGAGUGAACAGCAGCAGAUCCACUGUCUGCUGUCAGGCAUACCUGCCUGCGCCCAUCUAAACCCAGUCUUGAAGGAAAUCCCUCAUGUGGAGCCUCGUUCAGUAACCAGCUGCUCAGAAACGUCUUCUUCUUUACUUUCGGCCAUGUUUGUUUGUUAUUCUGCUCUGUGUGUAGCUAUGGCUACGAGUCCGUUGCUCGCGCUUAUGUCAUCAACUUGGAUAAAUCGUAUUUAUCAUGAGAUGGCAAAUAUUUAUCAUGGAGGAUUUUUCUGAAGAUAUAUCGUGAACGAUAAUUUAUCACCCAUCCCGAGUUCGAACCAUGAAUGAAUGGGUGAACCUGCCGACACUCAUUAUUAAUGUGCAUCUGUAGUUUGAUGAAAACCUCAGUCUGCAGUCAAAUGAUUGUGCAACAUUGAAGAAAUCUACUCUUACUUGAAUUUACUCAUUCCAGCACCGCAGCUGACUCUAUCUUUAAGAAUGACUGAAAUCUGCAUUAAAGCUGUUGGCAGCACAUCCAACCCCUGUGUUUGAAUCAAACCGGUAUUCUCAUCUUUACUCAUCAGAGCACAAAUUGUUAAUGGUUGGACUUUCUGACAGAUAAAUCCCCCCCAGUCUGUCUUUAAUUAUACCCAAAAGUCAUCGUUUUCCUGUACACACGUGUGUUGUUUACAUAGACAACACAAAGAGAGCUGAACAAAGAGGUCCCGCAGGUAGACCUGAGUGUAGAUACAAACUUGCAGCUUCAUAUGCAGGGACAGCAGCCGGAAAAUACGUAUAUAUGAGUGUGUGCGUGCGAGAGCUUGCUCGCAAUUUCCACUUGAGUCGUCAAAUACAAUAAUAUGGUCGCUGUUAUACAGAUAUGCAGCAACAAAUAAAGUCACAACAGAUUCUGUUUAUGUUUCCAUGAGCUAGGCAUGUAAUCACCACGGUAACCUGCUGAGCAUCUCACCGGGCAAUACUGUAUAUACAGGAGAUUCAAUCUGACAAGAAACUAGAGUGCAUGGAUUUUAUCUCACAACAUUGCAUGUCCCCUUUUUGAGGACAUUUUUGUUGAAGGUUUGAGGUAUUUGAUAUUUUUUAGAUACAUUUGCAUUCAGUUCAGAUGUUCAGAUCAGCUUAUUUUCACGACUGGAGUGAAUAUGAUGAAGAUAUACAGAGGUUUGAUAUUUUUAACAUACUCUUAAUAGUCUUUAUGAUGAAAUGAAACCAAUUUGAUGUAAUUUAUAAAAGUUAGAAUCAUCAUAUAAGCUGUGGUUGUUUUCUCUUGUAUUAAUAGAAACAAAAGGAUGACUCAGUUACUACAAACAAGCUUUUUUUUUUUAGUUUUGCCUUCUGCUCACUAUUUUUCAUUUCAUAAUACACAAUCAUUUAAAGCCACUGUGAGAAAUAACUUACUUAAAAUGUGAACUUCCCCUAAACUUCUGUAGGUAUUUAUUGUAGUACUUUUAGGGCUGACAAUGAUUGUGCGUACUUUCACACUUCCCUCAGACAGAUAAAAAAAGGAGAUCAUAUAUUCACCUGCGAUUUUCCUCCCCCGCUUGUUUUCCGGUCACUGCCUCUCGGAUAGUCAGACAGACAGUGAGGGCAGUGGGUUCCUCUCUGUUGUUUUUUGGCCUUUGUUCUGUAUUCACACAUGUGUCUGUUUCAGAAUAACUGGCCACAGUAUCAGCUCUCGCAUCUCACAGCCGUAUAACAACAUCUCUGGCUAUGGGAAACAGACAACUGCUUAUUUCAGCUCUCCACUCCCACCACUACACACAAGAAGACAUGUGUUAUACGUUCAUUUUGUUUUUUUUGCGUGAGGAGUUCAUAUUUGAUCAACAUCCUCCUGAUGCAGACACUGAUUUUAUUAAGUAUAUAGUUGUGUAUAUAUGUGCAUUACUUUAUGAGCAUCACUUAUGCUGCUCUGCAGACAUUUUUAAUGUCAUUGGAUGAUAAAAAAACAACGAGUGGUUCUUGUAAUACAUCUGUGCUUGUCCCUGAUGCAGGGCCCUGUACUGUCUGCCAGGCAGCUGGUGCACAUUUGGCAUGUCUCAUGCAGACAGUGUCCAGAGGCCUGCAGGGCACCUGCUGUCCAUCAGGGGGAGGUGAGGUUUGGAAUGAGACAAACCCCUCAACAGGUGACGGCAGCCUACAGCACGACUCACUGUCCAAAUGUGCUGACGACAAUGGCUGUGUGUGACUCGUGCUCCUGAGUGUGUCUCUUGAUGAUCAGAUAGCAGAUGAUAAUCAGGGUGGCUGUUCAGUCAGCAUCAGGUACAUGUGUAGUUCCAUUAUGAGAUCUCCGAGUUUUGUUGAGUCAGUCACACAGCUGCUGUCUGACUGUUAUGCUGAUCUAACACACGCAGCAAAUGGGACUGUGUCCUCAGCAGCAGUUGUUGCCCAGAAUAAUAAAUUGGCACACGCCAGCACACAACCAAGCCAACAGCUGUCUAAGAAAGUGUGUUUGGUAUGUCUUACCAAAACAUUGGACUCCUUCAACCAAGAUGUCCAAGCUCCAAAGCUCAAAAUUACAAAUCAACUCAGCCACACUCGAAUUAAAAGAUGUCCUCUCAAAUCUAAGAGUGCGGGUUUUACAGAUCCUCAGUCGGAUACAAGCUGCAGGUAGAUGAUUUUAACAUGAAAAACAACCUUUAAAUAUCUGAUGGACAAGUAUUGCAAUGAAGAUCUUUUGAAAGCAAUCACAAUGUGUGAUAUUGAUUGAAUUAGCCAAGUGAGACCCUUUUAGCUGUACCACCUAUUGUGACAAACUUAAGAUAAGAUAAGAAGAACUUUAUUUAUCCCUGAGGGGAAAUUCUAAAGAGUAAAUCUGACCCCUGAAACAAACAAUGUACCUAAGAUAAGAUUUUUCUUUAUAAGACCCACAGAGGGAAAUUCCAAAUGACAGCAGCAUAAAAUUCCAAAAAGAGAAAUUACAGGAUGAAAAAACUUAGCUGUACAAAGAGUUAGUUUUACACCUGAAGUGGAGAUUUGAUUUAACUCUCCUUUAGAGUUAAAUUUACCUCCAAUAAAGAUAUUUACUUUUUACCAUAAAGAGUUGAUUUUGACUCCAACAAAGAUCCAGCAUUAGUCUUUACAUAGACUUAAUUUAACCACCGUGUAGAGAAUUAUCGCCUAAUACCACUCCCUCUGAAAUGAGUUAAGUCAACCACCAACAUAAUCUUUUAUCUGUUAUGCUGAGUGGGUGAGCAACUCGCGGAGUAGUUAUCAUCCAUUUAUCAUUAUCGAAGUGAACUGCUCAAUAUAUUGUGAUAUUGAUUUGAGGCCUUAUUAUCCAGCCCUAAUAUAUACAUAUACACACAUACAUAAAUAUACAUAAAUAUACAUAUACAUCCAUACAUACCACCAAAACCUGCAAUCAGAAGGCUCCUGCAAAGUUUGAGGCAUAUGUUGUAUUCAAUGUUUGUUAUUAUUAAUAACUACCUUAUAAGUUUAAAAAAAGAUUUUUGAAGAGAUGUUGGAUGAAUCGGCCUUGAGGAGUCAGCAGGGAGAGAAAAGAGGAGAUGUGUCCAUUAGAUUGUAUUUAUGAGGAGCUGUCUGCUUAAACUAAUAACAUUCUCUGCUGCCUGUGUUGUAAGACUGCAGGCCUAAAAGCACACAACAGUAAUGAUGCUGUGUAUCUGACAUGAUGCCAGUGAGUGGCCCCAUUUCCUUUGACAUAUCACCCCAUGCGAAGAGUUAUAGUCUGCAGCAGAGUACACUGGUGCAGAAACACACACUCAGCAUUUGGAGCAGAGGAGAGCAAAGAGAUGCUGGAGGAGAUAAAUCCUGCGUUGCUGGUGAUCCACACUGAGAUCUUUUGAAAAGCGAAGAGUUUCUCUAAACGUGGCAUUUGUAGAAAAGUUGUGUAACAUCUCUGCCACUGGCAUUUCUAGAUUUUUUUUUUGCAUCAGUGUGAAUAAUUAAUCUUCUACAUGUAGUUUUGGUUCCAACAUUUCAGGUCCUGUGAACUGUCUUUGUCGUCAGUGCUGAUCAGCUUCCCAUUAUUUGGUUAGUCAUAUGUUUUCCUCGAAAACCAAAGAGUACAGACUGUGCAGCACCCUCGUUGGGUGACUUUGUAUGGGUUUUUUAAAAGUCACACAGUAGUUUCUCUGUCCUCGCGGCCGCUGCAGUGGCUGUGUCCUCUCUCUGAGCUGUCUCAGUUAAGCUUUGUGAGCGGGAGCAUGUGCACUAGCUUCUUCUGUUCAAAGACGAGCAGAGGAGGAGGAGGAGGAGGAGGAGCUCAAUAAAGCGGAGAAUCACCAAAAAAGUCAUGUAAAGGCAUGAAUGCUUGUGGUUUUUGGAAAUUAGCCUCUCUUUCAGGCAUUGAUUUUGUCUCCUUAACUAUUUAUUUUUUAUUAUUCAACCCAUGAUUUAUAUCCAGGAACUUUAUGGCCACAUCCCUCACUGUUUGUCAUUAGCCCUCAAUAUCUUUACCAGUUUGUGUGGAUUUUGAUAUAGCAUCUCAACGACUCAGGUUUAAUUCUUACACAAAAGCCAGCAUUGAUGAAGGCUCAUUAGGGCAUUAGAUUAUCAAAGGUUGCCCACUGUGGCGUAGAGCAUUUACAAAUAAAGUCUUUAUUUUCCCAAAGCAAGAAGGAAAACAGGAAAACUGCAUCGAUAACCUGUCUGUGGCUGGGCUCAUGUUAGGCUUAAUGCAGCAAAGGGGAACGUUAGUUAAUGUCACAUGAUCAGCGGGAACAAUACCAGCAGUCCACACAGUACUCCUCUUUGUGUUGUUCUGGUUAAUCAGUUUGACAGCUUUUAAGUAUUCACAAAAGUCUCUCCACUUAGACUUUAACAAAAUGUAUUUAUAAAAUGGAGAAUAGUCAGUCGUGUGGUCACUUUAAAGCACACAGGAGGCUUUGAGCUCAGUGAUCUGCUGCUGCUGCAAAAAAGGCCUUUUAAAUGGCACCUCUUUGAUUCUGCGUCUUUGAGCGGGUUCAAAAGUGGUCAAAGUCCGGCACACAUUGAUAUUUAACAGAGCGAUUGAAGUCUUAAUGCCACAAGAGGUUAGAGGGGAGCAGGGGGUGGACUGUGUCAGGAGCUGGCCUACUUGGUGGGACAUUUAACCUCUGCUUUAUUCUCUGCGUGUGCACUCGCCCCAACCCUACAGCCACAAGUGCUAACAGAGCCAUUCAGUACCUACUGUAACUGUAACUGAAUUUAUGACAAUUUUAUAUCACGAUUAUUAAAAUUGUGUGAUUUGUCAUCUGCAUCACAAGCAAAUUUAAAACCAAAACAAACUCUGACUUCUUCAAAAAAGGGGAAAACUGUCAAGCCUCCCUUCUCUGUUUACCAAAGCAUGUGUGUCUGUCAAACUGAAUGAUAUCAAGUCAUUUGUACUUCACCUGAAAGGGACCACACACCACUUCUACGCUUAUUUUAAUUUGGUGAUGAUGCUCAUGAAAUUAAAUGAUAGAUUUUUGAGUGUUGUAGUUUCACCUUUUGUCAUAAAUAACGGAAGGAUUGAGCUCUGUUACCCCUCACAUUGUAUUACAAGCAGAUCUAAAAAACCAUCCAGUCAUUUCAAGCUUUUAUAUGUAACCUCUUUUUAAACAUCAAGCCUGUAUUUGAUGAUGAUCUUGAAUGAUGUCUCUCUCUUGUGAUCGCUGUAGCCCCUCUCGUCAUGCUCGCUGUGCCUCUCAGAUUCAUACUCCUCGCCUCCUCCUGCUCCUCUCCCUGCUCUCCUCUCCCCACCUGCUACUGCCUGAUAGUUUGUAUCAGCUUCCUGAUGCUCCUUAGCUGUGUUUACAUGGGCACAAAUAAUCUGAAUAAAUGCCCGAUUGGAUUAAAAAAGCAUCAUGUAAACAUGCCGAUAGGAAAAUUCUGAUCCAAUUCGACUCAAUCGGAAAGAAAUUGUAUUUCGAACAAGAGAGGUGGUUUAUACAGAUUGUUAUUCCGAAACGCGUCCAUGUAGACACUUAUUCUGAUCGUGACUCUUUAACCUGACUCGAUCGUCAGUACAGGAGGUUUUGUUAUUAACACUCUGGCAUAAAACACAACCGCAGGUGCCGUGUCUGCUCCUCUGAUAACAUAACAAGGCAAGCAUACAGCGUAACAAUGUCACACCUGCACACACAGUACAACCUUUGACAGAACAGUUAAUUAAGUACGCAAGGGCGCCAUCUAGUGACAACAUUUAACAGGGGGAAAACUCCUGCAUUGAAUGAACUGAGCCACUACUACCGCAUUUGUUGGUAUGUUGACAGCACAGGCGUAAAUACAACUCUUCUUCUCCUGCUGUUGUUUAACAAAAUUAGACAACUCUGUGCAUGUCCAAAUGCUUCUAAUCUGAAUAAAGCUUGGUGCAUGAUAGUCAUGAUCAGAUAAUUCGAUUUUGCACCCAUAUAAACAGUAGAUUCAGAUUUUCUGAUCCCUCGAAUUUUUAAUUUGAUCAAGAAAUUUUGCCCAUCUAAACAUGACUAAUGAUCUGAGCUGCUUAUGGUGAAGUGAAAGUGAGAGCAGUUUGAGGAGAGGAGCCACACCCAUGCUCUGCUGUGGCUUACACACAAUGUAUGAAGAACACUUUGGGUCUAGUACAGUAUGAAAAAUAUUGAUAAUUCCUUUAAACAACUACAAAUUCUGGUGCUGCGUCAAUAACACGAUAGGUGUGACAUGUAGAAAACUAUCUGGCGGAUGUAAAAAUUUAGCUUAAUCACUAUAAAGGUUCACAACAAAAUAUAACACAGGGAACAGUUAGACAAUUAAAAAGGAGAAGCUGGGACCUGAACGAGAUUAGCUUGCUUAAAAUCAACACAACUCGUACUUUCAGUUUCCUCAAAAGCCUGUAUCUAGCAGAAUUACGCUGCAGUGUUUACAAAGACUAUGAAUCUGACUCACAUACUUAGAUGUAUUAUUUUUUUGUAGUUUUGGUCAUUGCUUCUGCAGUUCACAAUAAACAUUGAAUUACCCUUUAACAUUAGAGUGGUAGGGUGUGCAUUUCCAGUAAAUUCAUGAGGCUGGACGGAUGAAAGCAUUAUACCGAGGGUUUAUCUGCUGGGGCAGAGUUUCACUGCUCUGCUGGCAUUUGAGGACAAGGCAAUGAUUAAAGGGACAGGCUAUUGAUCUGUUUCGCAUUAGGAUGAAAUGAGCUUGUAGGAGUGAUGUGCAUGGGUUCAUUUAAUUCGGCUCAAAGCCAAGAUUCAGCGCUACGUACGCCCAGACCGCAAUCUCCGACUGUAAACAUUCAAUGAGAGUCUUACAACUGUAGAUGAUGACCGGCGUGCGCUACGGCUCGGAGUUUUGAAAAUGUCACUCAAAGCUUGGAGUAAUUUUCAGGUCAGUGUGAAUUUCCUGCGCGGUGAACAGUCUUAAACCUAUCCCAGCUUUAGCUGAAAGCUCCCUGGUGGCCCUUUAAGGCGGUGGACACAUUGUGUGCUCUCUUUCUUUCCUUGUGUAUUAGGUAUUGAAUAAGUGACCUUUCUGGUUUGUAUGAGCUCAUGGGAAAAGUGGGUGUUUCCACAGGAAGUCAAAGCCUCUCCCUCCCCCUCCGUUUCUCUCGCUCUCCCUCUCCAUGUAGCCCACACUCUCCCUCCCCCUCAGACCUUUCAUUCUGUCUUAUUUUUUCCACUUUUUCUCACUUCAAGCACUCUUAAGUGCUCAACCAAACAAUACUCUGCACACAAAUUCCUGUGUGAACGCCGUGAAGCAUGAGAAGAAGGCUGAUGAUGUUGGGGGGGACUGACGGUGUAGAAAUGCAAAGAAACGGGUCUCCUCGUCCAUCUGCUAAACAUUAAACCCUUAUGGUGGCUGUGUGAUUACAGACAGCUGCUCAGGGUUGAGCCCCGGAGGUUCUGCAGAGGUUAAAGCUGCGUGUGUCGAGGGACAGGAAGUGAUGCACAGAUGCACUCAAUCAAAUUUCUCCAUGCUUAGAUCAAUGGUUUAUACUACAAUACUUCAUCAUGUGGAGUUUUGGUCAUACAAAAGUUUGGACAAGGUUGAGAUAUCUGUAAAGUCAGAGGCCUGUGAUUUACCCUGCAAGGUGGAAAGUGCCUCAAGUGUUUUGAUUGACGUCAUUAUUUCAGACUGUUUUAAUGAAAUCAGAUUUAAUUCAUUCAAACUCCACAUGAGGUAAACAGAACUCGUACUAAAUGAAGUAGAUCUAAGUGUUUAUUUAUCGACUUCACGAUCUGUGACCUUCAAAAAGCGUUAAAGCUGCUGUGAGCGAGCAGGCGGGUGCAGACCAGGUGAUAGACAGUAAACUGGAAACAUAGCUUUGCAUCCAUGAACACAAUGAGGUGAUAUGUUUCUUCUGUUCAAAGACAACAGGAUAACAGGACAAAAGAUACAAUUACUUUGUCCACAGGGGGCGCUAAAAUUGGUGCCAAGUAAAAGUUCCUCACAGCAGCUUUGAUCAAACUUUUGUGGUUAGUUUCUCUCCUGAUCCUCACUUUUUUUGUUGACAAAGACGUAUUAGAAGUCACACUAGGGCUGGGCGAUAUGGUAUCGGUAAAUUUUCGGUUUAUCGCCCAGCCCUAAAUCACACUCCUUGUUGAUUUUGACUGAUCUGUGAUGGUGAAAUGACAUUGAGGAUCAUGGUAAUAGAAAUAGAAAUGAUCUAUUUUCAACUGAGGGCAUUUUUGUGCUUAGGGUGCUGAGUGUUGAAAAUAUUGAACUGCAUUGAUUUUGUGUGAAAAAAGGAGCUUUAUUCAUGAAAUUGCUGUUGAUGGACAAAAGCCCUAAUGCUUUCCUCUGUGAUAAAACAUGUGUUGUAACUUCCAUGGAGGCUCUUUAUAUAAAUAUAUAAAUACAAGUUACCUUAAAGCUCCUGUGCUUACUGUUUAUCUGGUCAUGAAUCAGAAGGGCAUUACAUUUGAUGCAAACUUUGUACUCUUAUGUACAGUUACGGUUUAUACCCAAAACUGUGGCUGGGGAAGGUGUCAGUAGAACUUUAGUCUUUAUGCUGCUAAAAAGCUUAUUUUGUUUGUUUGUUUGUUUCCUCAGCAAAGAUUUUUGGUAAGUUUGACUACAACAAACUUACCAACCAUGUCCAACAUAACAUGUCAUGUAACAUGUCCACAACAAAAUCGGCACGCUCCAAAAGUCCCUUACAGUAGCUUUAAGAAGAAAUUUAAAGCAUUCGUAUUAAAGCCAUUCUGUUGCUGCUGUAUUGAUAAUGAUAAUGCAGUAUGUGAGUAGUUUUUUUAGGUUAAAAUUGGAUCAUCAUCAUCCCCAUUCAUUCUGCUGUCGUCCAGCAGAGGCUGUGACCUGAAAGGCUCCACAUUGUUUGGCACGGAGUCUGCGGUGUCCUUAAUUGAGACUGCUGAGCUUGGCACUGGCCCACUGAACAAGUUUUACAAACAGCGUGUCUCACCUGUCAUCCGGAGGGCAGCUAUCACCGGCCUACCCUAUUUGGUGUGUUGGUCACAUUUAUCCAGGUUUUUUGUUGCUGAUAUCUCAAGUGUGGCAGCUUAAUGUUGCUCCAUCAGCAGCUCAGUAAAGCCUAAGCUGAACACUCACUGUAAAUAAAUUAGAGCUGCUACUCAGUACUUUUCUGAUUUCUUGUCUGAGCUCUUAGUCUAGAGUUGAAAUGAUUUAUACAGGUGAUAUGUGUCUUUACAGCGAAGGAGAGUCUCUCUUUCAAUCUUUCAAACACAACAUCAGUAGGAAACCAGAGCUGAGUCUUCCUGUUUCUCUGCAGCAACAUUUUACACACUCAAAACUUGUUUUUGUCUUUUGAUGUCUCCUUUUUUUUCAUGAACAAAACUAAGACAAAAGCUUGCGUAAACAACAACUCUCACCAAUCUCAACUUUAGUUUGAUUUUCACAAAGCAUGAAACCAAGUUCAGCCCAUUUUUGCCACCCACACCUUCCUCUAGAAGUUGGUAAGCAUCUUUUUAUGUUUUGCUUGCCCACAGUUUACACAAAAAGUGAGUUUGAGUGAUUGCUCAGUGUCAUAGAGAAACAAGUUUGGUUUUUAUUGAUGCUUUUACAGAAGAUCAUAUGGUUAGUGUCAUAUAUAUACUAGGGGUGGGAGGAAAAAAUCGAUGCAGCGUAUUAUCACGAUAUUUUGUCUUUUGUUAUAUUGUAUUGUCUCAUUGACCAAGUAUCGAUUUUUCAAAUUAAUUGCCAAUAUAGAGUCAAAUCUAUGAUUAUGAAAAAAUAAACAGGAGAAAGUUAGUAAAACAAACAGGGAUGCACCGAUCUGUUAUUUAGAUCGGAUAUCGGCUCCAAUAUUGACAAAUUAACCAGUUCCGAUCCAGUCUUUUUUUUCUUUUAAUUAAUAUCGUACACAGCAACACAGUGAUUCCGUUCGCUCUAUAUACUAUGUGUGUCUAUCCUUUUGCACUAAAUGUUCAUAUGGAAGUCCUACUUCUUUUUGCUGUGUGCUAAUGUGCAAAUUGUUAUUUGUCAAUGAAUAAUAUUAAGUACAUUUAUAUCCAUGUUAAUUUGUUCCCUUUUUUUAACAAGGUUAAUGUCAAUGAUGCCUUCACUCACAAGGCAAAGUAUACAGUUCAUUCAACAGUAGUAUUAGAUCAGUAUCGGAGAUCGGCCAAUACGCUCAGCCCAGGUGUCGGUAUCAGAUUGGAUUGGAAAAAAAUGGAUCAGUGCAUCUCUGAUAAUAUAUAUGGUUUGCAAGAUGUGCUAUAGGCAAAUGCUAAAUUAGCUAAACAGUUGAAAAAAUUGUAUUAAUUGCAAUAUAUUGUAUCACAAUACUCACCGUAUUGCAAAAUGUUAAAAAUCGCAAUAAUAUCGUAUUGUGGCUCAAAUAUCGUGAUAAUAUCAUAUCGUUGGGCCAAUAGUGAUUCCCACCCCUAAUAUUUACCUGUAUUUCUAAUAUCCUCUUGCCCAUAUUAGCUCUUCGACUAAAUUGUGGUGUUUCAGGCUGUCAUACUUAAAUAUGAAUGAAGAGGCCUGGGAAUAUUACAAGUCUGCGGAUUCAAACAGAGUUUUUCCUGGAGCAAUUCACAAGGAUGCUGAUUUAUCUUUAAUUAAGGAAUAACUAGGGCCGAUGAUUCUUAAGUCAGGGUCUGUGAAUCCUCAUUUGGCGUGAGGCCAUGCUGAAGGUAAUUAGCUCCUCACAGUGUUUAUGACUAUUUGUUUAAGCUCUGCAUUCUCAUUAUGACAGUUAAGUCGGCAGACACACAUUCUCCCUCCUCUGCAUAGGUGCUGCUGUGUGUUUUUAUUAAUUAAUCUCCGUGUUUCUGCAGUUAAAAUCUCAGUUUUCUCCAUUUAGCUGCUGAGUCAGUGGUUUUCUGCUCUGUGUGACUAAUGAUGCUUUAUCUGUCACAGAGGAUGUUCUAACCAAACAAGUAGGAUGAGUGACAGAGAUGGAAAAGGAUCUAUAUUUAGUGUGAGUAAAGCAGUUUGUGUGGAGAGGAAGUGGGUGCAGAGUGCAAGCGUGAUGUUGAUUACACACCGACACACAUUUCACCCAUUCUUGUUUUUCUCGAGGUGGAAAACCAGCAGAUGUGACAGACAGGAUUCAACCGGGUUAUGUCUUAAGUCAAACAUUUGUGAAGGGGAGAAGAAAGUGCUCGAAAAUGGGGUGCAGGGAAGUAGUGAAACAGCUACGGAAGAAGAUAAGGGCCACUGGGGGGACAAAAGGUCCAAUACAGUUUUUUAAAAUUAUUAUUCUGAGUUUAAAGUCAGAAAUUCUGAGAUGAAAAGUAAAAAUUCUCAGAAAAAUCUCAGAAUUUUGAAUUUCUUCACAGAAUUCUGACUUUAAUCUCAGAAUUCUUUUUUUUCCCCUCUAAUCAAUCAUUUUUAAUAAAAAUUAUAUUGAACCUUUUUUUGUAAGUGGCCUUAAGAUUUCUUAAGUUAAACAUUUGUGAAGGGAAGAAAAAAAGUGCUUGAAAAUGGAGUGUAGAAAAGUAGUAAAACAUCUACGGCCACUGGGGAAAAAAAACAAAAAAGGUUCGAUAUAAUUUUUUUAAUUAUUAUUUUGAGAAUUCUGAACUUUCAGAAUUCUGCCUUUAAUCUCACUAUUUAUUUCCCAGAUUAACAAUUUUUAAAAAAUUAUGUCAGAACUUUUUUUUUUCAGUGGCCCCUAUCCUCUUCCGUAAAUAUCAGACUUUCCCCUCUUUAAAAAAAAUAACAGAAAUUUUAAUUUUUUUUGUGGACCCUAGUUUCAUGACUCCCUCUUCUUUGUGUGUUAUUAUCCUGGUCAGUCCGUCUGUGUUCUCUCGACCCAGAACAGCUCAGCACAAAAAAGCUGUCCUGCAGCUGCGACUUAUCCACCACCAGUCCCCGAGUUCACGCUGAAAACAGGCCUCUAAUGUUUUCCUGGUGUAAGCAUGCAUGAGCCGUGUAUGUGUGUGUAUGUGGGUGGAGGGCUGGGAUGUAUGGCUGGAAUGUUGGACGGGAACUGAGUGACAGGUUUGGACUUUGGUAGGUAGGCGGGGUUCGGGGAACAUGCCGUCUGUGACAUCACCACCACCCGAACGCGAGGCUCAGCCGGGCCAGCUGCCUGUUGCAGAGGUGGAGUUUCCUUCCGGCUAAAGCUGACCAGGGGCUGAGUGUGGCCUGACCCACCUCGCCAACAACGUCCAAACUGUACUGUAGCUCCGGUCUGCGGGGUUCCUUGGAUUUGUGUUUCUCCCUGUUUUCAUAGAGAUCUACCAACUUAGCUGCUCUGUACAGUUUGGUGUUGUGCUUGUGUGGUGAUCAGCAUUUUUCUAUUUUUCUUUCAAAGCUGGACACCAUGUUUGACCCCUUUAAAUAAACUUGACUUUCACUGCUGCUGCAAAGGCUUAAACCCCAGGAAGUAAAUAAUCCUGUUUUAUCAGCCUACAAAGACACGCCCACAGAGACGGUCAUGUCAGUACUGGUCCAGUAAUUGUUUUAAGUGGAGCUCUAGGAUGUUCAAUUUCUUUUUUCUUUUUUUAUUUUCUCACAUCCACUUUCACAAUAAUAAUUCAACAGCCAUUAGAACAUUUCAUUUUACAAGUGGUUUUAGUAAACAAUCACCUUUUGUUUUUCUUUUUUUUGUUAUAUAUAUAUAUAUAUAUAUAUAUAUAUAUAUAUAUGUACAGGUGCAAAUGAAUAAAUCAAAAAACCAAAAUUUUCGAAAAUUUAAGAAAGAAGGAAAAGUAAAAAAAAAAGACCUUAAAAAAACAACAAAGAAGGCGAAAGAAAAAAAUCUAACAAUAAAAAAAAGAACAAGACAAAAACAACAUAUCAAAGACAAUACCAAUCAUCGGUUAUAAAUUCCCUUUAUAUAAAGAUCCUUCGUCGAUUCAUAAAGAUAUUCAUAUCUUUAUCAUUUACCUCUGGGUAUUAUUUACGAUCUCGCUCAGUGCCAAAAACAAACAGACAAAAAGCUUUAUAGGUUAUCAUUCCAUUUGUUCUCCCACCACCUCCAUUAAGGAUGUUCAAUUUCUUUGCAUCUUUACAUCCUCCAUACAAAGUGCAAGUUUGAUAACAUUGACUUUGGCUCGGUAGUUUGUUGCGCAGACUGGAACAAACUUGCUGACUUGUGUGAGUGUAUGUGUGCAGACUCACUCUCCAAGAAUGGAGGCCCACUGGUUGACCCCACUGCGAGUGUGUGUAUUUACAAAUAUUUUUGAUGUCAAGUCAAGGCAAGCCACGUCUAUUUUUAGAGUCCUAUGUGACAUAACACCAUUUCCUCUUGGGGGUGAUCUAUAAAGCAAACAGGUUUUUUUUCCUUUUUUGUGCAAAAAAAAUGUUUCAUGAUCUACUGUGAUCAUCAGAUUACAUUUUUAGCUUUUUUUAAUAGGGAACUACGAGCUCUUUUAGAUAGACUAUGUGACAUUUGAAUGUGUAAUAGAAGGUUCGAGUCAAAGUUGGCAUUUGCAGGUCUAGAAACAAUCUCAAUAAGACAAGUUCAACCAUGAUAUGUUCAUUAUGGGCAUCUGUUAUAAUCUGAUUUAAAAACCAAGAUAUAUGACUUCUAUCAGGAAGUAUCUGAUCUAAUAAACAUAAACAACAGAAACAACAUUUGAUGGUUUUCUUAGGGUAGUUUUCUUGCUCGACAGUUUUUGUCAUUAGUCAAUAAGGUAGAGAGGUUUGAUCCAGAGUUGAAGAGUUUGGACCGUCAGUUUUUGCUUCUUCAAACUCUCAGGCAGCUCCUCUUGACUCAUCCAGCCUGAGUCAUAUACCUGAUGAAGUCACGGACUAAUGUAAGGAUUUAAAGGUCACACAUUACUGGACGUGACUCAGGCGGGCUUAUGUCACACAGUUAUUGGUAGUCCUCCUGAGUCAUGCUACUUGUUCUGCUGGCCCAUAUGGCUUUGCCCAGGCUAAGCCUCAGCCCCCCUAUUAGCUCUGGCUCUGGCUCUGCUGGCGCUGCAGAACAGCCUCAUCUAUCACGGGAAACGGCUCUGAGAGAAUCAGCUCAGUCAGAGCAGCGAUCAGCAGCUCGCCACACCACACCACACCACCCUCGCAUGUGCAGGGAGGAAGAAGAGGAGUAGCCAGAGGAGCCCAUGCUCAGUGCGGCUGUCUGGGGGUUGACAGAAUAAGAAUAAGAGGGUGAUGGGAAGCUGAGGUCACGUGCUGAUGAAGCUACAAGAGCAGGCUGGGAGAACAGGGAUAGAGGGAGGGACCAGUAACACAAGAACCUUUUUUUUUUUUCUUUCUGUCUCCGUCUGGGCGUCUGGAGGCACACUGGCAGGGCAGUUGCAGAGCAGUGAGGCACGUUCAAGGAUACACAGUAUACUGAUGAAUUAUUGAGCAGUGGUGAGUGGAUGUGACACAGGCCAGUAUACUUGCGUGCUGCAGAGCAACUAGAGGAGUGGAAGGGAGAGAUUACCUGCAGCAACACAGAGCUGCAGGUGAGAUGAAGCUAUUUGUAUGCAGAGGGUACAAGAGAUACCUUUAAAUGGUCACACACACUGAGGAACUAGACCAGCUGUGAUUUUUUUAGGCCUUUUAAAAAAAAUCAAAGAAAUCAUAUAAGUGAAUAAAACAAAUGAUAAAAUGUCAGAAGGGAUAAGGGGUGAGGAGAGCGGCCUAUUUUAAUGCAGUGGAACUGUAAUAAACAUGAACAAGUAAACCCUGCAUGUCAGUACAUUACAGAUAGCACAGACAACAAGUAGGCUGUGGGUUCGAAUCCUUGUAAGGGCCCUUUCAUGGACAGCCUCUUAGUCCUGGGUUCUAUGAUGGGUACAAAGCAGAAAAGCCUGUAGAGGUAGAUCUUUCAUAGUGUCACCGAGAGCACUAUGUAGAUUCUAAAGCCGAAAACAUACAGGAUCCGUACUGAGCGCGUUCAGUAUUUGCUCCGUAGAGCAGCAUUUGGUUUCACAUACAGGAUGCGUAUUUGGAGCGUAGCAGCAGCGUAGUGCAGCCCCGGUCAGCUGGGUUCAGUAUAGAGGAAACAACAUGCUCACAACAGGUUGUUUUGCCUUUUUGUGGUCUAUUUCCUGCUAAUUUGGAUAUAAUUCAGUGACUGUUGAGCUUGUACUGUAUGUGAAAAAGCAACUCGUGUUUAAUAAAGUAAACUAUGUUCCUUUAUGGUGUGGUGUUGCCUUCAGACAGAGUCCUGAUGGGGUCCACAUGGAUCAGGGAUUGACUAUCGGAUUGUUCUGUGUCACUGAUAAAUCCAUAGCUAGUAGGUAUUUCUCAUCUACACAAACUGAUACACAGUCGGGAGUCUGCAUAUGGUGUUUUAUUUUAAAUACCGGAUGACAUGCCCGGUUUUCGUGCUUGACUUCCUGUCUAGAACAAUCUUCUCUGUGUGGAUUGACGCGCAUUGUAAGCGUAGAGCAGCAAAAAUAGACUUGCCACGUAUCUUUAGCAGUGCUACUCUUGAUACGAUGCUGCGACGGAGCUGAUACCCGUCCUGUAUGCUUUCCUGCAUUGAUUAGAAUGGCAACCUAUUUGCUGCUUGAUAUGCGACGAUGCUGCCACGCUCCAAAUACGCAUCCUGUAUGUUUUAGCCUUAACAGUAUGUUGAUUCUGGGUUCAAAUCCCAGCAGCACUAACUCAUAUGAAGCUAGUAUGGCCAGGAUCUCACCACCAGUCUCCAAAAUGCCUCCAACAAAGUGCAAUGAAAAGGAGAUAAAACUAAAUAAAAACAUGCGCCACAGCAGCACUGUUUAACGGCAGGCGGGAUUUGGGUUCAAAUCCCUGCAUUUCUUGUAUAGCUAGAAGGUUCUGGCUUUGCUCGAGUGUGAACUUGACUGACUUUUAAAUCACCGGCUUUGGAAAUAAAACUGUUGAGAUGAGAAUAAUGAGAUGAAAAGACCUACAAAAGCAAGCACUGGUAAUGAAAAUAUCCGGUGUUCAAAUCCUAGAGGGGUAAUGCUCGUGUCUCAGGUGAUUUUUCGACAUGUCUUGGCCUGUAGUAGCCAUCUCUCAAUAAUACAAAACAGUGUAAUGCAGUUAAUGCAGCAUCAAGUGUCAAAUGUACUCAUACUGUAAGCUCCCUUUGUGUCCCUUGCAGGCGGUUAGUCACUGUGUAAAACAGCUCACACUUUAAGACACCAACAUGUCUGUAACAGUAAAAGUUUAAUUUGGCUUGUUGUUAGAGCAACAGGAAAUCUUGUCUGGAUUGAGUGUCCUUGUUUUAGGGUGUUGGUUUGACAGCCCCAAGCACUCCCCUCAGCUGUCACCACUUAACUAGUCCCCGAGGAGAGCCAGAACUACAAAACAUGGGAAAAAUGUAAAAAAUGCAUGACUCCUACUCCACCUCCACCUCCUCCUCCCUGGCUCUCUGCCCCCCCCCAAUGGCCCCACCCGUCCAGUUUUGGGUUACUAGGAGACCAGAAAUUGUCUCCAGAAUGAGGGAAUCAAAGCCUUCAGGAUUGAGCGAUGUGUGUUGUCGCUGAGGAAACGUCCUGUAAAUGUGUUAUUAGCAUGAAAACCAGCCUGCCGUCUGAACUUAAGCAGUAGGUGUGGUGGUGUGAGGGGAUAUUUUCUUCAGGGUUUUUGUGCAAGUGUCUGCAGACAGCGUGUUUACCUCCUGUCUGCAGAAGGGCAGUAAAGGUAGAGGUCAGUAAGAAUGUUUGUGCUGUUUUCACCAAAAACACAGAGACAGAGUGGCUGUUUGCACUGAAGCAAGCUGGUCUUACUUUCUCUUUCUUUACCUGAAUUUAUAGUUUUUUCCAAAAAGGAUUUCAGUAUAUCUCUGCGGAAAGUGCUGUUAAGAAAAACAGUUUAGUGUUUUACUCUUUAAUGUAGAUGGACAAUUUUGUCUCAGCAUGUAAUGCACAAAGGAAAUGUAAGGACUGCAAAAACAAAAAAUAAAAAAAAGGAUUAUGUAUUUCUGGUGACAGUAGGGCUGGGCGAUAUCGGGAAAAGAUAGGGAAAUGUAUCAUGAUAUAAAAAAUGAAAUUUAACAGUGCUUAUUGGUAGCAUGUCUUUUGCAAUACAAUAAGCUACUGCAACUGUGGGGUCUUUGUGUCUUUUGGUGUGAGGCGUUGCGUUAGAGAAAGUGGACUGAAUGGUCGGCUGUUUCGGCUGCACAGACUCCAUGGGCUCCUUGCUCCACUUGGGGUUUGUAACCUUUCGCAUUGCGCGUGGUCUGCUGCAUGGCACUGCUUCAGUGCUGUCGGCUUCACGUGUUAAAGUACAAUGGUUGCAUGUAGUUGCAGCCUGCUACUACACAGUUGUUUGCAACUUGAUUCUAAUUCAGCACAUGAUUGGUUCAGUGUGAAGCGGACCGGGAGAAACUCUCCUUUUCAUUGGCUGUUUGUAUAGUCUACCAAAACAUGGCAGAAUGCAGACUAUAGAAAAGCAUAUUGACCAUGUUUUAUAUUGAUAUUGAGGGAAAUUAAUUUUUGAUAUCAUUAUCGAUUUAUCGCCCAGCCCUAGGUGAGAGUGUAAAAAAAAAACUCCAAACACCUAAACUAACUGGUUCAAAUCUGUUUAUUCCUGAGUUAGAUCAUUUGGGGUGCAUGUUUGAAUGAAAGGUGCUUUACAAACUUAAUUUCAAUAAAAAAAUAAUAUCAAAUCCACAGUUUUACUCGUUUAAAAGACACCUAUUAUGUGUGUUAAGAUUAAAAAUGCAUUGUACCAUACUUGACCACGCAAAAGAAACUCAAUGUUGGUCCCUCACUUUGUCAUAAUUUGCCCCUCCAUAAAGUAAUAUUUGAGCAGGCCCUGCUCUAUACUGUCAGUAUUGAAUUUUUACAUAUAGCUUUGAGUGAUGUAUUGUCCCCAGAAAUAUUCACAUUUUCCUCUCUCUUCCUCUUCUCUCUCUCUUCUACAGUCAUACUUUGUCACUGACUAUGACCCCACGAUUGAGGACUCCUAUACUAAGCAGUGUGUGAUCGACGAAAGGGCGGCCCGGCUGGACAGUAAGUGCACUUUGCUGAACAAUCAUCACCACACAGUCAAGGAGAAAUAACACACAUGUGGCCUUUCAGUAUGUCUCUAAAGCACUCAAGGAAUUGAUCCCAAAGUUGCUGCAAGUUAUUCUAUGUAUGCGUGCGUGUGUGUGUGUGUUUGUGUCACUGUGUGUGCCUACGCUCUCUAGUCCUCGACACGGCUGGACAGGAAGAGUUUGGAGCCAUGAGAGAACAAUACAUGAGGACAGGGGAGGGCUUCCUGCUCGUCUUCUCCGUCACUGACAGAGGAAGGUGAGUGACACUUUCUUGCUCUCUUUGCGCUCACUUUUCUUCUCUUUGCGUCUCUCUGUCUCUCUUUCCGUUUGCACAUCUCUGUUUACUCCUCACAACUACUGUCUCUCUCUCUCUUUCUCUGGCCCCCUCCCCUCUCCUCCCCUCCCUCUACUAAAGGCAUAAAUCUUACACCCAUACUCUCACUUGUUGCCGCUUGUACUUCCGGUCCCUGCUGCUGUGUUUCUUGUUGUCAUUUUUGUUUUGUUCUCAACACUACCCUCCCUCAUCCUGUUCUCUUGAAUUCACUCAUUUUAUGCACCUUAGUUUCUAUUUAAAGGGAUGUAGAAAGUUUCCACUUGUUGUGAUGUUGCAGUCAUACAUAAGAGCCUUGGGUUUUAGUGUUUCACUCUGUUAGAAUAUACAGCGCCCAGCAGAAGUCUGUACACCCCCCUAAAAGUAAUGUAUUACUCAGUAACUAGAUGAGCAAAAGUAGAAUUUCCAAAGUUUUGACAGAGCUGAGUUUCACAUAACAUUUUAUUUACCAUAAGACAAAAAUAAGGGUGAUAUGGUAAUAAAAAAUUUGCUUUGCUCCCAGAACUUUGAUUGGUGUGUCCUCAUUUUUGCAUCCUGAUUUUAAACUGAAAAAAGUAAUUUUUUGUAUGCAGCUUGAAAAGUCUUGUUUGCAAUCACUGACCUACAUUUGGGGGAGUAUUUUGUUGUAUAGUCUAACAUAGAAAAUGUUGAUUUUGAAAGAAAACUAAAGGUUUUCUGACAACUAUAAAGGGGUGUACUCAUUUAUGCUGAGCACUGUACAUCUAAACUUCAUUUCUAGGAUUAAAAAUUGCAUGAAUUGGCUUUUAAUAUACCCUUCACCCAAAAACAAGGUGCCUGAUUCCAUUAUCAGCAUAUAAACCUCAAGAUUCACUGUUUUAACUGUCAUAGAGAUGAUGUAUCUGCGCUUAAGUCACCUGUUUUAUAUUUGUCUUACUCUACACUUGAGGUAUUAUCCUCUUAGUCAGUCUGUCACACCCUGUCGUCCCAGCCCAACUGUUAAGUUCGCUGUCUCUCCCUGCCCCCACCCUCUGUCCCCUCCCAGUGUUUAUGUUGUAAACAGUCUUUCCUUCCUCCAUUUAUAUUAGUCAAGUCUUUCCAGAUUUACUAUGUGCGCACAAAGCCGUCUGCGGGCCCGUGGCUAGAAUGCCAUCUUUGGUUUGUGGUCACAUUCGGUCUCUUUUUUCCUCCCUCAGAUUGACAUUUUUAUUAGCUCUUUGGUAGAAAAAGUGCACAUGGCAUUUGUAUUAUUGUGGGAUAAGAGUAAGGUCAGUGCACAGAGCUGAGCCUCAGACAAAUACACUUUCAUGUUUUUAGAAUCGUCCCCUUUCUUUCAGACUCACAGGGGUAAUAGUGACCUCAACUUCAGGGUGACGGGUGAUAUCAAGUAGUUAUAUAACCAGUUUGUGUAAAACACCAGCUAACACCAUGUUUUGUGUUUUACAGUUUUGAAGAAAUCUACAAAUUCCAAAGACAAAUUCUUCGGGUGAAAGACAGGGAUGAAUUCCCGAUGAUCCUCGUAGGGAACAAAGCAGAUCUGGAGCAACAGAGACAAGUAAGUCCAGCAGCAGAGUGCACGGAUCUGAACCCGCUGAAUGACAGAACGUGCACCCUGUUUGAUCCUCUGAUGAGAUAAUAUCAGUCAGUCAGUCAGUCGAGAAGAGUCACAUUUGCAUAUGUAAAAAAUGGAAGCAAGCGUUUGCAGCUGCAGCUAGCUACUAAGACACAACAGGAUGUGAGUGAAAGGAUAAAAGAGACACUGUAGAGACGGUGUUGUCAGGAGGGGAGGAUGGAUGGAGAGAAAAGGGAGUGUGAUGAAAUGAUGAAUCCUGUCUGUUGGCAUGCAGAGGCUCAUUGCCUCCUGCAGUGAAUACACACUGCCCCCUUGUGGUGUGCAGAAGAGUUUCAUGUAGAUGUUGCUGACAACUGUAAAUGUUAUCGAUCCUUUUGAUAUGGAACAUGUAGAUGCCCAAGACAUUAUGUAAUCGUUACUGCAGAACUUUGUAUUGCGAUUUAUAAUGUACUGUUAUUUAUCAUGCCGUGUGUUUUGUAUAUUUUGUCUUGUGUGCUCCUGCUUGGGGACAAAUAUAGAUAUUGAUUAAUUGAUUGAUUGAUUGAUGGAUUAGCUCCUGAGGGAAUCUCUGCAGUAUUCAAACAGAAAAACAAUUCAAGUGUAGGUAAUGGUGUGGGCAUCCUUUUACAUUUGUUUUACAAUCACAUGUUCCCCCACUAUCAGAAAUGAUGAGAACACAACCAAACAAUCUGAUGGCGAGUUUCUCUAAGUGUUUGGCAGUAUUUUACAUCUUUGAAAAUUUAUGCUAAUUGAGUUUUUUGUUUGUUUGUUUGUUUGUUUUUUAUAAAGGGGGCAGACAGCAAUUGGAUCAAUUACUUGUUGCAUUAUUCAAAUCCAAAUUACGUGCACAGCUGUUUAAAAGAGGAGGAUGGGGUUAGCCUCCAGCUGCGUCUCUAAUGUAUACUAAAGAAAAUGCAAAAUGCACCACUACUAAAAUGUUUUUGUAUAUAAAAUGACUCUGACUUUGGUUUGAUAACCACGGUAUGAAAUAAUUUUGAGAAAAGGGCCAGAGGAAAUGUUCUGAACAAAUGGACAGUUGUGGGCGUGGAUGAAAUUAAAAUGAGAAAACAUUUGUGGGAUACAAUACAAACUGAGCUCUGCAGGCAAAGGCAGAUGCAUUCAGAAGGUAUUGCAAUUAUUUACUAUUGAAUUAUAACAGCAGAAAACACAGCUAUGUUGUUGGUUUGGGAAACUGGGAUCUUGGACAAUAAAGGAAAAAGUAUUAUGAUUAAAAAUUGACACUAUAGAUCCCUCCUGAGGAGGGACUGUAGUUAUCACCAAGUAACGGCACAGAUUAAUGUUUAUUAGUUAUUUGCUUGUAAUGGUACAUUAACAUGUUAAUAACUGUGUGUAGUUGUACAAUAGUUAUAGUUACCUUUAUAUAUACAUAUAAAUAUUCCCAAAUAAGUAUUUAUGAAUACAUGUGUAUAUAUACAGUACAUGUGAGUAUGUGUUUGGAUAUCUAAUCACACAAUUGACUGUAAAGAUAAAUGUGUAUACAUGUAUCAACACAUAUCAAAACUGAACUUUUACAUUUCUGAAUUUAUAUUCAAGUAUUGUUACUAACCUUAUACAAUUUAUGAUAAAAUAUUAUAAAAUCAGAACAUGUUUAAAAGAGAUGAUUAUCCUACAUGUUGGUAUUUAAAGAGAGAGGCUUGGCUGGGUCUUAAAUUAUUUAUUAUUGUUAAGUAACAGAGAAAGGUUAGUAUUCAAUCAGUGUGUCUUCCUCCCACCCUCUUUUCAGAUAUGUUAACAAAACAUCUAUCAGUAAUGAAAUGGUUUUCUGCAUUGUUUGUGUAUUUUGUGUGUAUUUUGUACUUUUUUAUUUGUUUGAAAUAAUUCAAUUCAAAAGAAGAAUAGUUAAUGAAAACCUAAAUAAAGCAUCUGAUCGAUGAGCUGAGAUCAAUAUUUAAUGGGAGCGACGGUGUAAGUAGUUGUAAAGCAAAGUAUAAUGCAAAUAAAUAGGUAGAUAUGUCGAUUACAAUCAGAGUGUUUUGAGUUGGAGUCUUGUCUUACCGAAGACAAGUCCCUCCAAACCCACAGUUAGGAGCGCUACCAUGGCAACAGAUUCUAAUUUCCCCUCUUUCAGCACAAACAAACAUUAAACUAAACAUUUCAAUCAAGUUGACACGAGUAUACAGUAGUUAGCAUUUAACUGGACAUUUACACAGAAGCUUAUGAUGGGUAAGGUAAACGGGUUCUCUACAGGAAUACAAAUGUUGUCUUUGUCCUCAUUCAGCUCUUCUUCUUCUCUGAUCUUUACUGUUGACAUGCCUUUGAAGAUAAAAAUGGGGCAAAAAUACCACCUUUCAACCCUUUUGUUUACUAAGUCUGCUGUCAUUGCCUAGACUGUCGAUAAAGAUCGAGUUGUUUAGCCUACCAAUUAAGCAUGCUAACAAAACUAACAUUUUUAGCUCAUGUCUGUUAGUAGGAGUGAUUUGGAUGCUUGGAGCACAUUGAUACUGUGACAAACAGUGGGGUUAGGUUUUAAUCCAUGCAAAGAAGUUAAAAAUCUGGAUGUUAUAUUUGAUUCAAAUCUUUGUUUUGAGCCACACAUACGGUACGAGAUGUUACCAAAAAGGCAUUUAUCGUUUAAAGAACAUCUCCAGAGUGCACCAAUUUUUCUCUCAAGCCAAUGCAGAGACUUUUAUUCAUGCUUUUAUCACCUGCAGAAUUGACUAUUGCAAUUCUUUCCUCUCUGGUCUUCCUAAAAGGAAAAUUUCACAGCUUCAGCUUCUACAAAAUUCAGCUGCACGCAUGCUGAUGAAGACCAGGAAGAGAGCCCACAUCAUGUCAAUUUUAAAAUCUCUGCGUUGGCUACCUGUGUCUCUUAGAGCAAAAUACAGCACUUUCUACUACAUUCUAUGUAUGAAAAGUGCUUUAAAAAUAAAGUUUGAUUGAUUGAUUGAUUAAUAAGCACAUCACAGAGGUGCAGUAAAGCCACUGUUUGUGUUCAAAUGUUACAAAAGAUUAUUCUCUUUUGUAUUAUUCACACAAAUAGCAAGGUUACUCCUUUUUGUGGUUCUACAAUUGUCUUCAUCGUUAUUCACUCCAUGCUUACAAGACUCCUUAGGAGGUAUUGUCAGCAAUCCUUUGACAUGAAUCCCUCAUUGUUGUCACAUCCCUCUACCUCAGGUAACCCAGGAAGAAGGCCAGCAGCUGGCUAGACAACUGAAGGUCACAUAUAUGGAGGCCUCAGCCAAAAUCCGUAUGAACGUAGACCAGGCUUUCCAUGAACUGGUUAGAGUAAUCAGGUUGGUGAGUUAUAAAUGAUUCCUAUACACGUCUAUUUUAUCAGUUUUGUUGAAAGGUUAGCAAAUAAAAUGUGCAAAUUACACCCCAGAAGUUAAUGUAUUGUAUUAAAUUAAAUUAGUGCAAGUACAGACCACACACACAAAAAAACCCAGCAUGAUUAGUGUUGUAAUGAGAUGAGACUCUGCACGUGUUCCCAAGAAAGUACUUUUGCUUUCUUCAUACUCACAGGAAAUUCCAAGAACAGGAAUGUCCACCGUCGCCGGAACCUACGAGGAAAGAGAAAGACAAGAGCGGCUGCCAUUGUGUGAUCGUCUGAGUCUGCCUUAUCACUGUAACUCAUGCAGCUACUCUGUAUCGCCCCCACCCACCCACCCACUCUGCCUGACAUCACAUCCUCAGAGGAUGACUGACCGCUGCCUUCUUCACGUGCAUGACUUCAGACAGCCUUUUCUGAGAUACUUUGACCAGGAAGCGCUGUCCCCAGGACAUCACUAAGGACAACUGACAACGCCAAAUUUUAACACCACUCUACCUUCAGUUGUAAUCUAAUCCACACAAGAGAGUCCCAACACUAAACAUUGCCUUUUAAAUCAGCCUGACAGAUUAAUGUUUUGUACUCUGAAGGACUUCUCUUGCCUUGUAGUGACAUUUGUACUUGCUACCGAGAUUGAAUGAAAACUAUAUAUCCAGAAUGUUAAUGAGUUUCUUUAGUUUUUCAGAGUCUGAGCAGAGCAGAGAGAUUAUCUUAUGAAGCUUUGUGUAUGUUGUGCCAUACCCACCUUUACUCCCAUGUGCUAAUCUGCUACUGUACAUAUGUGACAUUUGUUGUGAUUUUCAAAGUGUAUUUCUAAUGAAUUAUUAAAUCACCACAGUACAGUGUGUGAGGUUGACUUUGGUUUUACAUAUAUGAAAGUGAAUAUAUAAGUAUGUAUAUAAAUAUAAUGCCUAGACAGCCCUUAAAGCUACAAUGAUAGAACUUUAUGGCAUUCUGCAGUGGAUUCUUUACUCUUUCUGUGGUUUCUGCUUUCAUCUCAAUUGCCAAAUAUGAACUGUCUACUGUAUUAGGUUUUUUAAAAGUCUUAUGGAUUGACAGAUUCCCAUCCCUUGCUGUUUCAUCGAUGUACUGAAAGUAGCAACUCUGUCUGUCUUUCAUAGAAGGUGGCGACUCCAUCAAAAUUGGGCGACCCUCGUUUUUUUUUUUUUUUUUUUUCCGGAUUUCCGAGGAGCUGUAGAUGAAUUUAUUGGUAGUAAACUGUAUAUCUUUGAAAAAUAACAAGAUUUAAGCUCAAACACUGAACACUGUAUGCUCUAUAAUCAACUUGAUGUUAUCAAAUCCAUUUGCUGCAACUCAAGGAUCAUUCCAAUGUGAUGCACCUGUCCUGUCUAAAACGUAGAAUUCAAUACAGAUCCGAUACCUGUUAAAUCAUUCCAACAACACAGCUGCAAUGUGUUUGUUUUGUGUCUUUAAAUUGUUCUGUUAGAUAACUUUGACCCCAGGAGAGAGAUGGAAACCAGGACGAGAGGAAGCAUCGAGCGCACAUCGUGAUACAAGCGCUCUUCUUUAGGACAUGAACUGACUGGACCUGCCACCUGUGGAGCUUCAUCACCACAGACACAAAACACUGUUUCUGCCUUCUUUCUCCACCUCUGUACUUCUGUUCAGGCAUACUAGUGAAGUACUGCAGUUUGUUUUUCAUAUCAUCAUCUUGUAAUAUAAACUACCAGAAAAUCAAACGAUGGAAGUGAUGGACUUGAUUAAAUGUUUCUACUCUACUUUUAUACAUUAUUUUCUUAUCAAACUAGUUGACAAGUAUUUUUAUAUGUUUAUAAGUGAAUACACCAUCACAGCACAGCUGUGUAUAUAUGUAAAGAGGAAUAUUUAAUGCUCUUGAUUGUGUUCAGCCGAAGAUGACUGUUGGCCCAAAUUAGCAAAAUUGGAUUCUUUCCCCGGAUAUGACUAAGAAUGUACUUUUUUUAGUUUCCUAUUGUGGCUUAAUACUCGAAGUAAUCUUGUGGUGUUUGCCACCAGCUAAGAGUGUAAAGCCCCAGGUCACGCGGUAGAGGGUUUGAAAACUGCUCCUGGUCUUUACACAGAGCUUCAAAACUUAAAAAUGAAUGAUUCAAAUCUCUGAUGUAUGAAAAACCAACUUCCCAACUUAUUGCAAAUUCAAGUGUGCAUCCAAAUCAUCCGUUUUUCCUUCUUUUUUUCUUCCAUAUCAGUGUCUUUUGCCCUGUGUGUAGCUUUUGGUGCUAAAAUAAAAUCUGUCAUUGAGCCAGUU